GAUCUCUCAGCCAAUAGUCUUCUUCCAUACACGGAACCCCGGGAGAAGAGGGAAGUUCAGUUUGGUCACAUCUGCGGGACAAACGUGUGUCUUCUUGUCUCAAGAGACAUGUAUAAUGAAAGUAUAAAGCUGACUUCUGCUCUGUGAAGAUUUCAGUUUGAUGGCUGCACGUCUUGUUUACAUUGAGCUGACAUGGUGUUUUACUGUGUUGUGUAGCUGCUACAGUGGAGGAAAUACUGGCAUCCUGUGGUGUGGUGAAGUUGUUGCACCUCAACGUUUUAUACAGUAAGUACAUUCACCUGGACAAGCAGCUAAAUGUCUCAGCUGCAGCCACUGAUCCAGCUCCAGCAGACGUCAGAGCCCAUGUUGAACGUCCAGGAGAUGCAGUUCUGGCUGGACAAAGCAGUGGCUUGGGGCCAGGCUGACAGCCCAAACACUCGGAAAGACACCUGCCAGCACUUGAAUCGACUGAGGGAUUUCCUCCAGCAACUCCUCACACAUAUCAACAACGUGAGCUCCACAACAGAGACCAUGAAGAGGCUGCCCCUCCUAGGCCAGUUUCUUGGCCGACUCUGCUGGAACCCUUAUGUCACUGCUGAUGCUACAGGCAGAAGGCUGUUGUUCCAGUGUCUGUGGAGACUGUACUCGGAGCAUCCAGGCAAUGCUGUGGAAAGAAAAGCCAACCAGUGGAUACAGAAAGUGCUGUGUCAGCUUGCUACAGAAGAAGACGAUGCUGCAGCGUCGACAUUAAUGAGGCGGAUUGGUGUACCACCUACAGAGUACCAUCUCAAAGUUCUGAGAAAGAUGGUGGCACUGCUGCAAGAAAAUAUUGGGAAGAGCUGCAGUUCUUUGGGCGACAUAAAUCAGAGGUGUUCAUGUGACAACAUUCUGGCCACAUCUGAGGCUUGUGUCCCCCUGGUCACUUGUGCCGAGGCUGCUCCUCUCAUUGGUGCACUGCUGCAGCAGCCAGUGACUUGUGUCAGGGCAGCACUUAGUGGAGACUUCCUGGAUGCUCUGAGCUCUGCCUACUCCAGCCAAUCCUUGUCAUUGGAGGAGCAGGCAGUAGUCUCUCUGUGGUAUCACAACCUGUCCAGCCUGGAGGAAGCAGUGCUCAGUCUGCUGGAGUGUGUUCUCACCAACACAGGGUCAACACUACAGAAGCAACUGGCACAGUCACUGCUGCCUAAAGCCUGUGCUCUGCACUGCUCCAUAUUCUUGGUUGUAAACGACAUCUUCAGGUCCAUUCUUAAGCAAGCUGAAGGGAACAAGUCUGUUAAGUAUCUCAUCCAAACCUUUACCAGCUGUUUCCUCAGGGAGCUGGCACUGCUGCAGCACCAGAGGAGUGUCUCUUUGAAGGCCUUGUUCCCACAGUCACCUCAGGGUCUGCUGGUUCCUCUCUUGACCCGGCCAUCAGAGAUGCCUCAGGAGGCUUUGAGACAUCACCUGAACUGGCUCAGCAGCUCAUUACAGAGACUGACAGAGGAGGAAGAGGAAGGAGACGGAGACAGCAGCACCAGCACCACCAGGGGGCACCACAAUGUGUUCGAGGCCUGGUUCCUGCUGGUUCAGUGUGCCAACUGGGUGCAGGUGGCUGUCCAGCUACUGGUGACAUCGGGGCCUGAGGACUGUGGCCCCCUCCUGUGGCUGCUGACCUUCUACCACCACCCCACCAACAGGGGGCACCACAGAGCACUACAGCUGGUACAUGCCAAAGAAGCACGGGACCACCUACACUCCCUGUUCUUGGUCAUAGCUCGUCCACUUCCUGUUGACCGCCUGCAGUCAUUGGUCACUCUGCUGUCACCUCAACCUCAGCAAUCAUCACUGUCUCCAUUAUUGAUCCUCAACCUCUUAGUCAACUUUGCUGUUUUCUUCCAACAAACGCUGAGCGGAUCAACAGAGAUUUUACGGACGGUGGUGUAUCGGUCUGGUCUGGUUGAUGAAGCAGCGUGUGUUCUCAACUCACUGGAGCUCAGACUAAACGAAGGAGGCUGCUUAUCAAGUGACACUAACAGAGUUCAUCUCAGGAUCGAGGCACUUCAAAACACACUGACACAUACGCAUGUAGCAUCGAGCCCUGCCGAGAACCAAGCACACAUUGUCACAGUAUUUAACAGUGAGCAGGGAUACACACACACACAUAUGACUGCACAGAACCACACAACAGUGAGUUCAUCCUCGGCUCAGGGUUUUUUCAGGGCACCUUUGCAGAAUGACAAAUAGCCACGCUCUUGUGUAGACAUGCUGCAGUGCAAUGACAGGAGUGUGUCAAAACUGCACAGCGAGGACAGAUUAUGGAGAGGCUACAAUUAUACGCACGCGCACAUGCACACACCACAACUGCCAGGCCCACAAGGACACUUAAGCAGUGACAGAUCACACUGCAAAGAAGCGGCAGCUCGUACAAUGUGUCAGAGUCCUCCCACUCAUAAUUGUCUCACAAUAUAAAUCCUUCACGUUACACAUGCUCACAGAAAGACAUUUAGAUUUGGAGGGCAGGAAAACCAAAUCCCAAUUAUCCUCGUAUAAAUACUAUGUGUUGAAAUGUUAAAUUGUGUAUAUUUUGUUUAUAUGCAAAAACAUAUUCCGACUAUAAAAUGUAAUGUCACUUCUUUAUCUAUGUAUAUUUUCAAUUGCUGCAUUAUUUAUAAAAAUGGAAACUGACUGUC